ACGUUCACAUGCGAAAACAAAGAGAGUUAAAUAUGUUCUUGUUAACCAUUGUAAAAACGAUAUUUCAAGAUAUGGUCAGCAUGGAUACAGUAAUACUUAAAAUUAUGAUGUUCGCUCGUAAACUCGUGAGUGCAGAUAGAGCCUCCCUAUUUUUGGUGGAUGGAAAGUCUCACGAGCUGUACGCCAGAAUAUUCGAUGUCAGUAGCUCUCAAAAUGAUUUUGACGAAGUUUCUACAAUGCCAGACAGUGAUUUAAAUCCUGAAGAAAUAAGAUUUCCCAUAGGCAAAGGAAUUGCUGGUUAUGUAGCGAUGACGGGAGAGUCUCUGAAUAUUUCAGAUGCAUAUAACGAUAAGAGAUUUAACCGAUCAGUUGAUCAGAGGACAGGAUACAAUACAAAGAACCUAUUGUGCAUGCCAAUAUUCACGAGAGGAAAUGUAAUCGGGGUGGUUCAGAUGGUCAAUAAAUCUGAUGGAGCUUUUACAAAAGAUGAUGAAGAGGCGUUUGCAACAUUUGCAGGCUACUGUGGACUUGCUCUUCACCACGCAAGACUGUAUGAGAAAAUUCGAAGGUCUGAGCAAAAACAUAAAGUUGCACUGGAAAUAUUAUCUUAUCAUAAUACAUGCCGUGAAGAUGAAGUGAAAGCACUCAAACAAAUAAAACUAAGCGUAAAUGUGGAGCAGCUUAAAAAUUUUGACUUUAACGCUGAGCUUUUGAGUUCUGAUGAAAAGGUUUUGGCUGCUAUAUUUAUGCUACAAGAUCUCCCAAAUGUACAAAAGUUCGUAAAAAUUGACCAGGACUCUCUCAUGCGUUUUGCUUUGACUGUCCGUAAAAACUACCGCCGAGUUCCUUACCAUAAUUGGACACAUGGUUUUAGUGUAGCUAAUUCAGUUUACGCUUUGCUUAAAAGUAAUUCUUCCUUCAAACCUCUCGAGGAACUAGCUCUAUACGUCGCCUGCCUCUGUCAUGAUCUAGAUCACAGAGGAAAGACAAACCAGUUUCUUGUUAGCUUCGCUUCCCCAUUAGCUUCCAUAUACUCGACGUCUGUACUGGAGCAUCAUCAUUUUAACAUGACCGUCUCUAUAUUGCAGCAAGACGGGCACAAUAUUUUAAGUAAUCUUACUUCAUCUGAAUAUAAGAAAGUACUGUACAAUAUCAAAAAUUUCAUCUUGGCAACAGAUUUGUCAUCAUUUUUUCCAAAUAAGGCAAAACUCAGCCAAAUUGUUGAGAGUAAUCUAUUUGAUUGGGAUUCGCAAGAUCACAGGUUAUUGUUGGAAGCCUUGAUAAUGACAGCGUGUGACUUAUGCGGAAGUUCGAAGGGCUGGGAUCAACAAAAACAAAUUGUUGAAGUAAUUUUUGAGGAGUUUUAUAAUCAAGGAGAUGUUGAAAAAUCACAAGGGAUGCAGCCUCUUCCAAUCAUGGACCGAAGCAAAAGUGGUGAACAGCCCGAUUCGCAGGUUGGAUUUUUGAAAGGAAUCUGCAUUCCAUGCUAUGAGCUUUUACAUGCUUUAAUUCCGGAAUCUAAGCCCAUGCUGAACGGAUGUAGGUCUAAUUUGGAGAAAUGGGAGUCUAUUGCUAAGAAGAAGACAGAAGACGCUGCCGAAGUUGAGAUCGAGACUUCUGAGGAAAGCUAAGAAGCAAGAAAAGCUACGCAAAGAUACCGAAUACCAUUGAGUUAUAAGAAGAUGAUUAUUGAUUCUUGUAUGCAAAAUGUAAAUUCAAAGUAAAAUUUGAAAUUUCGAAAAAAUUAGUCAUGAUAUUGA